AGAUCCCUGAAAUCAAACAUUCCGGAAAAUUUCCAUUCCAUUUUCUCAUCAACCAAACAGACAAAAGAACUUAAAACGAAAAUUUGAAAAAACAGAAAAAAAUGGACAAGGUGGUGGAAGAAGUGGAGAAUACAAAGAAAGAGUGGGACGAAGCCUAUUCAAAGACUCAACAACACAUAAAAGAGAUUCAGGAAUAUGGGAAAUCAACGGUGGAAGAAACUAAAAACAAAAUCUCACUGCCCAGAUUAAACGGGUUGGCUCAAGAUGGUUUGAAUUUGCUUAAUUCAUUGCAAUUCAAUCUCGAUCUUCUCGCUCCGCAGCUUCCUACCGAUGAGGAGGUCCAGUCAGCUAAAGCUAUGCUCGAAACUUGGAAAAACCAAUCUCAAAGUUUGAGAAUGAGUCUGAGAAAUGCGAAUCUGCAAGCAAAGGAUAAUAUGAGGAAAACUGCUCAGAAAGAGAGAGAACUUCUUCUCGGUGGUGGAGAAGAAUCCACGGUUCGUCGGCGCAAUUUGCAGACAAAGGCUGGAAUGACAUCUGCUGCCGAAAGCAUCACAGAGAGUCUUCGCCGUACCCGUCAAUUGAUGGUUCAGGAGGUCGAAAGAAGCACAAGCACACUCAUGACUUUCGAGGAAUCAACGGGCGUAUUAAAGAAGGCUGAAAGUGAAUACAAGGGGCACAAAUCAUUGCUUUCAAGAACUCGGAAUUUACUGUCCACGAUGCAACGCCACGAUGUUAUAGACAGGGUGAUACUCGUAUUAGGACUUGUCUUGUUCUCGUCUGCUGUACUUUACGUUGUUUCAAAGCGUAUAGGCAUACUUAAGUUGCAGAGGACAAUUACUGCUGCCAUAAGAGCUGGAAUGGCCGGAGAACCAGAGCUUGCUCGCAAAGCUGUAGAAGAAGGUAUUAACCAAGGUCGAUUCGACGGUAAUGUAGCUCCCGGUAAGGGACUCCCAUUACAGCAACCUAUGCAUGAUGAACUUUGAAAUGAUGUAGCUUUCAUUACAAAAAUUUGAUCUUUGUCGGCACAAUUCGCAUAGGGUUUAAUCGGUUCAUU